AAUGUAAACGAAAUAUUCUUGUCUGAAUUCUGUAUGGAGAGUGAUGAUGAGUAAUAUUGGUUCGCAGUUUGAGUUUCGAACUGUUGAUGUGUGACUUAAACAUAUGCGACUUGCUGGUUGUUAUAUGGUUGAAGAAAGACUAUUGUAAUUUUAUGUAAAAAUUCAUGUAACAUGUCGCUUUCUAGAUACUUAAUAAGUGUGAUAUUUUUCUUCUGUUUGUUUCAUAACGUGUGGCCUGGUUGCGUUUUUCAGGAUGGCAAAUAUGAUUUGUCAGCAUUAGAUUUGCCUGGAGGAUGGAUGGUUGCAGGUCCAAAUAUCAAUGGGACUUCAUCACAUUAUAAGAUAAGUGUAUGCCACCCUCUGAAUUAUCCUACCAAUUCAUCUGAAGGAGGAUGUACAAAUAGUUCUGUGUGUUUCUUUUCAAGUGACCAAACCACUAGCUUUGGUGAUGCCCUUGAUGAUUCAAAGAACUAUGCUAUUGCUGCUUUUAAUAGAAAUGGCUUUACUAUGUUUGUGCAUACUAAGAUUAAAUGUGGAUCCAAAACAAUACAACGGGCUACUAUUAAAUUUGCAUGUGGUCCAAAUCUAGGAGUUCCUGAAUUGGUUUUAAUAAGUGAGUGCCAGGUUAAUUUCCACUGGAAGACAUCUGCUGCUUGUCGAGUAAAACCAAAAACUCGCCAAGUUCCUUGCUAUGCUCUUGAUGGAGAAGGUGAAAAGCGAGAUCUAUCCCACCUUAUCAAACCAACUGGGGGUUAUUUUGUGAAUACUCCUAACCCUGCUGUGGAGUUUGUAAUUAAUGUUUGCUCUGAUAUACUUCCUGAUAAUGAUACUCUUGGUUGCCCAGCUAACUCAUCUGCUUGCAGAAUUAUAGGAAGUGAAAAAUUAUCUUUCGGAUCUCCCCAAAAUGGAUUACAAUAUACUCCAGAAGGUUUGAUAUUAACUUACAAGGCCCAUGGCUUUCCUGCUGGAUGUAAUCUGGAACCCAAGACUACUGUACUAUUUAAAUGUCCAGACAGAGGUCACAGUCAACCACCAAAAGUUAUAUCAGAUUUCAACUGCCAAUAUGAAGUUGAAUGGGAAACUGAAUAUGCUUGUCCUGAAAGUUCUCUGAAGGGCGAUAUUAGAACAUGUCAGUUUACUGCUGAAACUCAUGGUGUUGAGAUAGAUUUGAGUCCUCUUAGACAACAAACUGCCUAUAUUGUUAAAAGUAACUCAUCAAACACAACUGAAUUUGCUUUAAGUGUGUGUGGUGGACUUGGAAAUUACAGUUGUGGUGACCAGACACGCUGGAAGUCUAUGUCUGUCUGUAUGAUUGAUUCAUUAAAUAAUACUGCUCAUAUUGUAGGUACAAUGGUUGGAACAAAGUUAAUGUAUGCUGAUGAUGAAGUAAUACUGUCAUAUCCUAAAGGUUCAUUUUGUGAAUCUAGUAUUGAACAUUCCACAGUCAUAAAUUUUAUUUGCGAUCCUGAUGCUGUGAAUAAUGGAACUGGUGUACCACAGCAUGUGUCUUCGGAUCAUUGUGUUCAUCACUUUGAAUGGUCUACAAAACAUGCAUGUUUGAAGCAUCUGUUAGAUACACCAUGUUCCGUUACUUAUGAAAAUAAAAAGAUCAGUUUGCAGAAGUUGCUUCUAAUUGAUGGGGAGCCUUGGGAAGCAAUAGAUAGGAGAGAUUAUCAUAAUAGAAAUGAUGCUGAUUAUUAUAUUAAUGUCUGUGGCCAAAUAUCAAAUUUGGGAAAUUUAAGUUGCGGAGAAGGCUCUUCUGCUUGUGUUAUGUUUUCUAAUGGAACUUAUUUGAAUUUAGGAAAUUUUACAUCUCCACCUGUGUUUGACGUUACUUCAAAUUCAGUGAGAUUAGAAUACACUGGUGGAAGCCAAUGUAAAGCUGGAAAAAAUUGGAAUUCUGUGAUUGAUUUUAUUUGUCGGCCAGGGCAUAUUAAUUCCGAGCCAAUUCUGACUAGAGUUGAUGAAACAGAAUGUCGUUAUGAAUUUGAGUGGCAAACAGCUGAAGCUUGUCCUGAAGGAAUGAUUGAAGGCACUGGAUGUAAAGUGUAUGAUGAUAGUUUAGGAAUUAAUUAUGAUUUAAACCCUUUGAAAUCUGAGACAUACGAAGUUGACACUGGACUUUACAAAUUUUAUUUGGGUGUUUGUGAACCAGCUAAAGAUACACCUUGUUCAAAAAAUCAGAAUUCAUCAGCUAAUGUGGGAGUUUGUCAGGUAGACCAAUCUAGUCAAUUAUCAUGGAAAACAGGAGAAUCGAAUUCAAAUAUAUCAUACAUGGAUGGAGUGGUUAACUUAACAUAUUUGUCUGGUGAUCCUUACAAUGAUGCUAAUAAAACUGCUCGUAUGACAAUUAUCAUAUUUAUUUGUGAUUUUAAAGCUGGAAAAGGGAAUCCUCAUUUUGUAGAAGAGGUGAAUUUUGCAUAUGUAUUUCAUUGGUAUACAGAUUUGGUUUGUCAACCACCUGCUUUUUUUACUGAAUGCCUCGUCCAUGAUCCUGCAUCUCAUUUAAUUUAUGAUCUUUCUGGAUUGUCUUCUUCAAAAGAAAACUGGGUGACUCAUGUAAGUGAUGAAGAUGGAGAAAAACAAAUAUAUUUGAAUAUAUGCCGACCAUUAUCUAGGCCAUCAGUCUGUGAUUCAAAGGCAGCUGCUUGUGUCACCGAAACAACUGAUUCUGGAGAAAAAGUUGCAAUUUCUAAUAUUGGUCGUGCUCUUGGACCUCCAGUUUUAGAAAGUCCUGGUCACCUUUCUCUUACUUACACGCAGGGAAAUCCAUGUGUUGCUUUUGGUCAAAAUAUUACUUAUACAACUGUGAUACAUUUCCUUUGUGGAGAACAGUUUUCAAAAAUGGGACCAAUGUUUCUUAAUAAACUCGGAGCUUGUGAAUUUACAUUUUUGUGGACCACCAGUGCUGCUUGUCCUACAGGAUCUCUUCAAGCUAAGAGUAGUUGUGAAUUGACGGAUCCAGAUUCAGGAUUCACUUUUGAUUUGAUGCCUUUGCAGAUGGAAAAACAACCUUAUUCUGUUGAAACAUCCUCUGGUAUUUUCCAGUUUAAUAUUUGUGGUAAGAUAAUGGAAGGUUGUACUACUUCAGAUGGAAAAUAUCCUUCACAAAAUACAAGUGUUUGUCAGGUGGAUAAAGAUGGUAAUAAGAUUUCAGAAAUUGCCACAGCAAACAAUUAUUCUUUAAGUUAUUCCCAGGGUCAAGAUUUGACUCUCACUUAUAAACCUCUUUCUAGUUCUCCUAAAGGCUCUGAAGAGGAAGUUAUCAUUAAGUUCCCUUGUUACAAUGGAACUGUUGAUCCAAAACCAAAGUUUAUUCGUCAUGAAGAUGGUCGUUAUAUUUUUGAAAUGCCAACUCGUCUUACUUGUAUCCCUGGACCUGUUGAUUGCACUGCUGUGGAUAGUAAAGGAAAUGAAUAUGAUUUGAGCCCUUUAGCAAAAUUCAGUGAUGGAAAUUGGGAUGUUGCUGAUUUUAGACCAGAAAAUAUGCGUGUGAUUUAUCAUAUUAAUUUCUGCAGGCCUUUAAAUAAAGUAAAGUCUUAUAAGUGUCCUGGUGGAGCUUCUUCAGCCUGUCAGACAAAUACACUUCAGAAGGAUGCUAUUGGCCUUGAUCUUGGGUCUCAAAUGAGUCCCCCCACUGUUAGUGAUACAGGCACUGUCGUUAUACGUUUUACAAAUGGUUCUUUCUGUCCCAAUGGUCAAUUUCGUAGAAGUACCACUAUAAAUCAGUUUUGUAAUAUGUAUGAAGGAGAGCUGACAUUUAUUGGCGAAACACCUGAAUGUGAAUAUGUUUUCUCGUUAGACACACCUGUGGCUUGCGCUAUUCAAAAUCAAAAUGGCAAUGAUUGUAAAGUCAGAGAACCACAGUUUGGUUAUACAUUUGAUUUGAAUCCUUUGAAGAGUAAAAACAACAAUUACAACAUUACAGUUAAGGACUACAAGUAUUACUUCAAUGUUUGUGAUAAACUUAAUAGUUUUAAUAAUGAAUGCAUGAAUUCAAGUGUUUGUCAGACAAAACCAAGUGAUGAGAAAUUCUUUAAGAGUUUAGGAUUGCCAAAUGAUAAAUUAAUGUAUCGUAAGGGUGUCAUCACUCUUGAAUACAAUUCUGGCAGUGGUGAUUGUCAUGGAAAAUAUAACAGAUCUACUUAUAUUACAUUCACAUGUGAUCAUGAAAGUAAGGAUCGAGAUGGGCCAGAAUUUAUUGCUGAAAGUGAAGAUUGCACUUAUUCUUUUGAAUGGCCUACCAUUCAUGCUUGUCCUCCAUUUGAUGUUGUCGAGUGUUCUGUUAUUGAUAAUGAUGGAAGGACUUAUGAUUUCAGUCAGCUGUCUUUAGUGAAAAGUAACUAUCUUAUCAAGAAUCCAUUCUCGAACAAUAAAACAUUUGUGCUUAAUUUAUGCCGAAGUGUUGUUCAUACUCCUGAUUCGCUUUGCCCCUAUACUGCAGCAUCUUGUCUCGUUGAUAACUCAGGAGCAUCUGAAAGCAUCAGUCUUGGGCGUGUUAACCAAGGACCUUAUUUCGAUGGUAAUAAAAUAAAAAUUAAAUAUACUUCUGGGGAUCAAUGCAAUGAAGAGAAAACAUCAACAUCAAGGUUUUGGGAAACUGUCAUUGAGUUCAAUUGUAGUCCACAUGUAACUGAGAGUGAACCCCAGUUUGUUGGAAAAGAUGGCUGUACUUAUUAUUUUGAUUGGGAUGUUGCUUUCGCCUGCAGUGAAAUAGAACCUGUUCGUAAUAUGGAAGAUUGUACAGUUGAGGAUCCUAUUACAGGUUUUGUAUAUAAUCUUACAGCAUUAAGCAAUCAUGGAGUAUUUAAGACUGAAACUGCUAAACAUCAAUAUUAUUUAAAUAUUUGUAAAAGCAAUGGUACUACACCAUGUGGCACAGGUGUUGGGGUAUGCCAAGAGGAAAUUGUUGGCCAGAAAAGAAGUUGGAAAGCUGGGCAACCCAAUAGCAAGUUACAAUAUAUUCGGGAUGUUUUGGUAUUGAACUAUACUAAUGGAGAUCUUUGUCACAAUGGGCUUUUCCAGCGUAAUAGUAUAAUAGAAUUUCAUUGUGGCUCUGGAAUAGGAGAACCUCGAUUCUUGUUUGAGUCAACUGGAUGUACAUAUUAUUUCAGUUGGAAAACUGAAUUAGCUUGCCAGAAUUCAAUGCAUAUGCAUUGUGCAAUCACAAAUGGAAGUCAGUAUUAUGACUUAAGUAGCUUGGCUGAGACAUAUCAUGUAGCUAGUUCAAGUAUUGCAAAUGAUGAUGCUGAAUACUACGUAAGUGUGUGUAAACCAUUGCCUCUAAUGGUACAUAAUAAUCACUGUCCCCCAGGAGCUGGCAUUUGUAGAGUAACUCAACAUGGUUCAAGUGCAAAAUUUGGUGAGAGUUUAGGAAAACCCGAGAUUCCACCUUUUGUCGAUUUCAUGGAUAAAGGUACCAUAAUAUACACCAAUGGUUCUUCCUGCAAGUCACGUCCUGAGGAGUCAUUGCGUUCAAGGAUAAUAUUUUUGUGCAGUUCAGAAGCUGGAAUGGGUGAACCAGUUCUCACAUUAGCCGAUGGAAAUGAAUGUAUUUAUAUAUUUGAAUGGAGAACAAGCUUGGUAUGUCCUUCAAAGCCAGAUGUGCAAGAGGACUUGUCAUGCAACUACACAGAUCGCAGUCGAGGAAUUCAUUUUGAUCUCUCGCCUCUGAAAAGCAGUCUUCACAGAGUAGAUGAUGAUAAAAGUAGUGGACAUUUCUUGUUGCAAGUAUGCUCAUCUUUGCAUUCUUCCAAUAUCAGCAACUGUGAUGAUUCUGGUGUAUGUCUGGUGGGACCACAACUUUCUCACAAUUAUGGAGUAGCAUCAACACAGAAGUUUGAAUUUGAUGGACACAGGCUUCGGUUGACAUUAAAAAAUGGCGAUGAUUGCCCAUCAGGAAUAGGUGGAAAAUAUACCUCUGAGAUAUUCUUUGUAUGUGAUCCUUUGGGUGGAUAUGGUGAACCAGUUUUGCAUAAGAAAUAUACAUGUCUGGUUGUAUUCAUGUGGAAAACUGCCCUUGUUUGUCAGAACAUGCAGCGACAAUGCUCCUUUGAUGUAAAUGGUAGUCACUACAACUUUAAUUUGCUUUCCAGCCUUUCUCAUAAUUGGGAUACUUACGAUGAGCACAACAAUACGUAUUGGAUCAACCUAUGUCGUGGAAUUCAGCCAUCUGCCAGUACCCUUGGUUGCUUACCAUCAGCUGCAGUGUGUAUGAAAGGCCAUGAUAAUCAUUACUUUACAUUGGGUACCAUACAAACAAUGCAAGUGAAAAGUAUAAAUUCAACCGAUCUUUUGUUGACUUUUGAAUCUGGAGAUACAAAAGCAUGUUCAGAUGACCAAACUAGAUUACCCAAGAUUGUAACUACGAGAUUAUUCAUGAAAUGUGGCUCCACACUUGGACAUCCUAAGAAGUUCUCUGGCCCUGAUUCAGAAUGUUAUUAUGAUUUCCUGUGGGAAUCUAGUUUAGCAUGUGCAGAAAGAAAUGAAAUAGUGAUUAUGGAAAAAGAUGGUAUAAUUAAAGAUGAAAGAUUUGGCUUUACUAUUAAUAUUAGUUCAAUUCUAAAUAGCACAUUCAAUGCAACUGGAAGUACUGGGAAAGAUGAUUAUAUCUAUCAGAUAAAUCUAAGUGGAUUACCUGGUUUACCAACAAGAAAUCCAUGUGCUAUGGCUGCUGUUUGCCAAACAAAAUCAACUGGACACUUUUAUCGCGAUAUUGGAAGCUUUGACACAAGAACAUUAGUUGUUAGGGGAACUGAAUUGCAUCUAACUUUUACUUCCCGUACCAAACCAUGUGGAAAGAAUCCUUCAAAAAAUGUCACAACUGUCAUAAAUAUGCAGUGUGUUUCUGCUGCUGGCAUUGGAAGUCCUCAGUUCACCUAUGAAUCUGGAGAGUGUGAUUAUGUGUUUGAAUGGGAAACCAUAGCAGUUUGUCCAGAUUUUCAUAGAAUUACUCCAGAACCAACAGAUGAUUCUGAUAACAUGAAUCCUUUACCCAAUCCAUAUAAAGAAGAGAUUCUUUCUAGUCAUAGUAAUGCUGCAGUAAUUGUUGGAGUAAUUGCUGCUGCAAUAGUUAUCACAGCCAUUGGAUUCAUUGUGUCAAAGCCAGAAAGGAGAGCUUUGGUGGCUCAUCGCUUUAGAAGUAUUUUUGGAAGAGUCCAUUUACCUCAUGUCAGAUAUGGGAGGGGUGACAUUCUUACAGAGUUACAAUCGGAUUUCUAAGUCAAAGUCUAGUGGUGAAAGAUUAGUUCUUGUGGAUGCGACAGAACCUCACCCAUACGAUGAUGAUAGAGAUGUUGAGAUGCUCACCUAACUUUGAGAAAUUCCUUUUGUAUUGAAGAUAUAUAUUUUCGUGCACUUCACGUCCAUGUUUCUGUGCUUUUCUGAAUUGCUAAUGAAAAGCAUUAAGGUUGUGUGUAAAUCUUUACAUAACAGUUUCAGGGAAAGUGCAUUUUCUAAAAUUAACCAUUUUGCCAUUGUUUGCUGUGCAACGUGGCAUUUUUGUAGCAUUUCUCUUAUAUUCAAAGCAUUUAAGGAAAAUUACCGUUAGAUGAUGAAUAAGCAUUUAAAAGUUCACUUUUUUACAUCCAAUUUUAUUUAAGCUUUGAAUUUUAACUGAAGUUUUUACCUUUUUUUUAAAAAAAAGCUUUUUAACUGAUUUACAGAGAUAAAAACUUUAUAGGGAAGAGUUUAAGAAUGAAUACAGUAUUUAAAAAUCAAGUUUUUCAGAUAAGAAGAUUACUGUUAGACUUUAGCUUUAAAUUGGUUUCAUUUCCUACAUGACAUUAACUUGAAACACAUGUACUUUCUUAAAGUGAUAUUUUUAUCAGUCUAAAAAGGUGCAUAAUUUUUUGUAAAUAUUUUAGUUGUGUGUCCCUAUCCCAACAUUCCUUUAUGUAUUGUAUAUAGUUUUGAAGAGUUUUAGAAACCUUUUCUUUUUUUAUGAAGAAGGAAACGCAGUAGUGUUCACCUGUUAAUUAUGUAUGUAAUUAUAUUACUUCAGAACAAGUGAAGAUUUGAUUGUGAUUUUCAAAUAAAAUUCCUUUUAUCUGAGUAUAGCAUUCAUAAAGAUAUCAUUGUGAUUCUGUCGUUUAUUUACACCUAUGUGCCUGACUCAAAAUGUUAUUGAUCCUAAUUAGGUCAAUAACCUUUUAUAGAAUUUUGGGAAUUUUUACCAUUAACGAUGUAGAACACUGAAAAUUUAUUGGACAUUUGAUUUAUUUUGUUUUAUAGCUCUAUUGAGAAUGUGAUAAUGUUACUGUGAUGCUAUUAAAGAAAGGUAUUAAAUGAGAUGAAUUAUUUUUCUUUUGUUUCUGGAAAUGUAGAUGAAAUUGAGGUGUUUGGCUGCAAGUAGCAGAUGCUUUGUUAAAUUUAAUUUUUUCACUGGCAAGUGCCUUUCAUGUUCAUUCGUGACACAGUUAUUUUAAAAUUACUUCAUCAGUAAAAUUGCUGAUUUUUUUCAGUUCUUUUUAAAACAAUUAUUAGCUAGUCCAAAGAUGAAGGUUUUUUUUAAAGAUUUUUUUGUUUAACUGGUUGAUGAAUGCAGUUUUAUUUCAUAAAAAAAAUGCUCAUAGCACAAACAUUAUAUAACAGUUUCCGUAAAAAGUUUUUAGUUAUGAAAUCAUUUUAUAGAAUGUUGUAUCUUUAUUAGAAUAAUGCAAAAUUCUUUUCCUUUUCCAUUUUUUUUUUUUUUGCUAGCAGCUGAUUCUUCUUUAUUAAAAAAUUCUAAGCAAUAAAGAUUUCUUUCAUUUAAUAGAUAUACCUGUCCAGAAAAUAUUUUGAAAAUGGGUAUAUUUUGUACUGUUUCUAAUUGUCUUUACUCUUGUUUGAUUGUACCAAAGUGUAUGAGGUUGUUUAAAUUGAGCUAAAUAAAAGUAGUAUUGUUUUUAUUUGUAGAUU